UCUCGUCCACGCUUUGGCCGUAUUGCUGUUUGUUCUCCCUCAUGACCCGAACUCUGUGUUGCGGGCUGUUCCAGAACCGGAACCGGAGGAAUUGCUCCAAACAAACCCAUUAGAGCUUCCCCAGAGCUGCUGGACAAGCAGGAGCUGCUGAAGAAACAUAUGCCAUCUUGCUCCAAGUCCUCUCAUGCACCUAUUGUUCAUUUGCCUACACAGUUUAAAUUGACCUCCUUAAACACAUCAAGAAACGGCAACAAUACGAAUAACGCACACAGCUGCCGUCAGAAGAGACUGAAUGUGAGAAUAUGGAACCCCGUGGAAGAUCCAGCACUCAGCACAUGUUCUCCAGUUCUCUCCACACAAAUGAAUCUAGUAAACGAACACAGAUGAACACAGGAAAGAAGAGAACUCACCACUGUUCAGAGUGCGGGAAGAGUUUCACUCAGCGAGGCAAUCUGCAGCAACAUCAGCGCGUUCACACAGGGGAGAAACCGUUUCACUGCUCAGAGUGCGGCAAGAGUUUUAAUCAUCCGAAUAAUCUCCGUCGACACCAGCGCACUCACAAAGCAGGGAAACCGUAUCAGUGUUCAGAAUGUGGGAAGAGUUUUAGAGAAAAAACAAGCCUCCAAUUACACCAGCGCGUUCACACAGGAGAGAAACCGUAGUACUGCUCAAGAGUGCGGCAAGAGUUUUACUCAACAGGUUCAUCUCAACACACCAGAGCCGAACUGUGUCAGUGUGGGCAGAACUUCAGGCAUUCAGAAGCUUUGAAGAGAUACAAGUGCCAUCUCAGUGCUUAGGUGGAAACAGUUUUGGUGAUAGAUGUGCCUUUUUUCUCUCAGUUGUUUAUUAUAUUGGUCUUAGUUUCUUUUCCAGAAUAAAAGGCUGUGUGCAUUUAAACCUAGUUAGACCUUGAGUGCAGGACAAUAAUCUGGGUGGUCUGAGGGUGGACCAGCAGUCAAUGGAGUGGCACCUUACCAAGCAAACGGACCAAAAUAUGCACACCAUCUUAGUUGCCUCUAUGUUCUCUGCUGAAAGAAUUCUUUGAACACAUUAAACGUUCCUGCUGGUUCCUGGUAGUGUUCAGUUGUCACUAAUGGUGCUCUUUGUUUUCCUGAUGGGUUGAUAUCACAGUGUAAAGGAUUCUAAUGGUCUAUCAGGUGUUGUAGAACUGAUUCUAGAUUAAUUUUAUCAUUUCCUAAUGGGAUCUAAAGGUGCCCUAGGGACCUAGUGGUUUCUAAUGGUAACCAUUAAGAUAAUUCCCAUUAGAAAGCAAAAACGAUCAUUUGUUAAUCAUAAUGGUUCUAAUGGCCUUUUUUCAGCAGGGCAGAGAGAUGCUAUCACUGCCUGUAAGCACAAGAUAAACGCAAAUUUGAAUAUUAUUUCACUCUGACACGUUUUAUGUAUGUUAUCAGCUUCCUCAUUUCAUUUUUGACAGCUCUUGUAUCGCCACCUGUUGGAAACCGAGGCGAAUUACAAUUAUAGCGUUAUUUAGCAAUCAUUCGUACUUGCUAAAUAGGCCUAACAGCUUUGACAACUUACCCAAACUGGUGUAGCAACUCUGAUUAGCUGGCCAAGCUGGUCUGCCAACUUGAAAUCUUACCCACAAGCUUGGCCAAGCUGGUCAUCCAGCUUCAGACCACCCUGACCAGCUUAGAAUUUAAGCUGGUUUUUCCAGCAGUGUAACAGUAAACAACAUGCAGGAAUGUCUGACGAUUAUAACAAAGCAGUUUUGGUGAAAAUCUGUGUAGGAAUUAGCACAUUAUGGCAGAAUUAAUCCUCAACACAUCUUAAUACGUUAGUAUUUAGUUUAUAUACAUAACUUAGUGUUUGUUUACAUGCGGAUCUUGACCGCUCCAACAUGGCGGACGCACAGACGUGUCGCCUCUUCUGAGAACAGACGCCGCGUUUGUGUAUCUCUCUACUGGAGUCCAGGCGGGGGCGCUAAUCCUGUAACUGGAUCUUCGACCCCGUAAAGCAGAGAAGAAGAACCCGGUUUCUAAACCCCUCAAAAGUUCCUGCUUUCUCCUCUCCCGGUGCAGAUCUUCUCCAUAGUUACUGGAACGGUGUUCUCCGUCCCCCCUUACCGGCUGUCCCAGUACUGCAGUGCUGAAGAAACGUAUGCGGUCCUGGUCCAAGUCCUCUCCUGCACCUACACAGUUUAAAUUGACCUCCACAAACACGUCAGCAAAUGGCACCAAGACGAAUAACGCACACUGCUGCCGUCAGAAGAGACUGAAUGUGAGAAUAUGGAAACCACUGGAAGGUCCAGCACUCGGCGAAUGUUCUCCAGUUCUCUCCACACAAACGAAUCUAGUAAACGAACGCAGACAAAUACAGGAAAGAAGAGAACUCACCACUGUUCAGAGUGCGGGAAGAGUUUCAGUCAGCGAGGACAUCUGCUGCAACAUCAGCGCAUUCACACAGGAGAGAAACCGUUUCACUGCUCAGAGUGCGGCAAGAGUUUUAAUAAUCGUAAUAAUCUCUAUCGACACCAGCGCACUCACAACGCAGAGAAACCGUAUCAGUGUUCAGAAUGUGGGAAGAGUUUUAGAGAAAAAAGAAACCUUCAGUUACACCAGCUCAGUCACACAGAAGAGAAACCGUUUCAGUGCUCAGAGUGCGGAAAGAGUUUUAAUCAGAACAGUAAUCUCAGAAAACACCAGCGCAUUCACACUGGAGAGAAGCCGUAUCACUGCUCAGAGUGUGGACACGGUUUUGAUGAUAGAUAUGCCUUCCAAAGACACCAUCAGAUCCACACAGGAGAGAAACCGUAUUACUGCUCAGACUGCGGGAAGAGUUUUACUCAGAGAGGUCACUUAAAACAACAUCAGCGCACUCACACAGGAGAGAAACCGUUUCAGUGCUCAGAGUGCGGCAAGAGUUUUACUCAACAGGUUCAUCUCCAAACACACCAGCGCGUUCACACAGGUGAGAAACCAUAUUACUGCUCAGAGUGUGGGAAGAGUUUUAACAGUCAGAAUAAUCUCCAACGACACCAGCUGAUUCACACAGGAGAGAAACCGUAUCAGUGUUCAGAGUGCGGGAGAAGUUUUAGAGAAAAAGGUUGCCUCCGAACGCACCGCCGCAUUCACACAGGAGAGAAGCCGUAUCAGUGCUCAGAGUGCGGAAAGAGCUUUAAUCAAAAAAGUAAUCUCCGAACACACCUGCGCACUCACACAGGAGAAAAGCCAUACAGCUGCUCAGAGUGUGGACACAGAUUUGGUGACCGAUGUACCCUCCAAAGACACCAGCAGAUCCACACCGGAGAGAAAAAGUAUUACUGCGCAGAGUGUGGGCGGAACUUUAGGCAUUCAGGUACUUUAAAGAUUCACAAGUGUAUUAAGCUCAGUCAUGGUGACCGAGCUGGUUCUGACCUCCCUGGGGCCCUAAAGGAAAUUCUGCACAGGGGCCCUCCUACAUCUUCUCCACAGUUACCGGAACGGCGUUCUCCGUUCCUCCUUACCGACUGUCCCAGUACUGCAGUGCUGAAGGUCAGGAAACGGCACCAAGAGGAGUACCACACACUGCUGGAGUCAGGAGACACUGAAUGUGAGAAUAUGGAACCCAGCGGAAGCGCCAGUGAUCUCGGCACUAAAACAUCUCGCAAACGAAUGCAGACAAAUACAGGAAAGAAGAGAACCCACCACUGCUCACAGUGCGGGAAGAGUUUCACUCAGCGAGGUCAUCUGCUGCAACAUCAGCGCAUUCACACAGGAGAGAAACCGUUUCGCUGCUCAGAGUGCGGCAAGAGUUUUAAUCAUCCGAGCAGUUUCCAAAGACACCAGCGCACUCACACGGAAGAGAAACCGUAUCACUGCUCAGAGUGCGGCAAGAGCUUUACUCAGCAGUGUCACCUCCAACUACACCAGCGCGUUCACACCGGAGAAAAACCGUAUUACUGCUCAGAGUGCGGGAACAGUUUUAACAGUCACAAUAAUCUCCAACGACACCAUCAGAUUCACACAGGAGAGAAACCGUAUUACUGUGCCGAGUACCUUUUCUUACCUUCUCCCUUCCCGAAUUAUGUUUUCGGCUUUUCCAAGACUGGAGGAGAUGAAGAAGCUGCUCCAAAGGCACCUCAGGGCUUUCAGAGAGCUGCUGGAGAAGCAGGAGCUGCUCUGCUGAAGUACGUCCACAAACACAUCAGGAAACGGUACCAAGAAGAGUACCACACACUGCUGGAGUCAGAAGAGACUGAAUGUGAGAAUAUGGAACCCAGUGCAAGCUCCAGCACUCAGCGAAUGUUCUCCAGUUCUCUCCACACAAAUGCAUCUCGCAAACAAAUGAAGACAAAUACAGGAAAGACUAAAUCUCACCACUGCACAGAGUGCGGGAAGAGUUUCACUCAGCGAGGUCAUCUGCGACAGCAUCAGCGCAUUCACACAGGAGAGAAACCGUUUCACUGCUCGGAGUGCGGCAAGAGUUUUAAUCAUCCGAGCAGUUUCCAAAGACACCAGCGCACUCAUACGGAAGAGAAACCGUAUCACUGCUCAGAGUGUGGAAAGAGUUUUAAUCAACAGUGUCACCUCCAACUACACCAGCGCGUUCACACCGGAGAGAAACCAUAUUACUGCUCAGAGUGCGGGAACAGUUUUAACAGUCAGAAUAAUUUCCACCGACACCAGCGCAUCCACACCGGAGAGAAACCAUACGACUGCUCAGAGUGCGGGAAGAGCUUUAGAGACAGUGGUUCCCUACAAACACACCGUCGCAUUCACACCGGAGAGAAACCGUAUCAGUGCUCAGAGUGCGGAAAGAGUUUUAAUCAGAACAGUAAUCUCCGGACACACCUGCGCAUUCACACAGGAGAAAAGCCAUACGGCUGCUCAGAGUGUGGGAACAGUUUUGGUGACAGAUGUGCUCUCCAGAGACACCAGCAGAUCCACACCGGAGAGAAACCGUAUUACUGCGCAGAGUGUGGGUGGAGCUUCAGACAUUUGAGAACUUUAAAAACACACAAGUGCAUUAAGCUCACUCGUGGUGAUAUUCAAAACAAUGAUUCUCAUGUUUAUAUUCCCCUUUUCCGUUACCCGGAUUCUGUUUUCCGUGCUGCCUUACGGGCUGUCCCGAAACCGGAGGAGCUGCUCCAAACCAACCCAACUCAGAGCUUCCUCAGAGCUGCUGGAGGAGCAGGAGCUGCUGAAGAGGAAUACCUCACACUGCUGCAAUCAGGAGAGACUGGAUGUGAGAAUAUGGAACCCAGCGCAAGCUCCAGCACUCAGCAGAUGUUCUCUGGUGCUCUCUGCACUCCCACAUAUCGCAGACGAACACAGAAAAACGCAGAAAAGAAGAGACCUCACCACUGCUCAGAGUGCGGCCGGAGUUUUGCUCAGCGGUGUCAUCUGCAGCAGCAUCAGCGCAUUCACACAGGAGAGAAACCGUUUCACUGCUCAGAGUGCGGCAAGAGUUUUAAUCAUCCGAGCAGUUUCCAAAGACACCAGCGCACUCACACGGAAGAGAAACCGUAUCACUGCUCAGAGUGCGGCAAGAGCUUUACUCAGCAGUGUCACCUCCAACUACACCAGCGCGUUCACACCGGAGAGAAACCGUAUUACUGCUCAGAGUGCGGGAACAGUUUUAACAGUCAGAAUAGUCUUCAACGACACCAGCGCAUCCACACAGGAGAGAAGCCGUAUGACUGCUCAGAGUGCGGGAAGAGCUUUAGAAACAAAGGCAGCCUCCAAUUACACCGGCGCAUUCACACCGGAGAGAAACCGUAUCAGUGCUCAGAGUGCGGAAAGAGUUUUAAUCAGAUCAGUAAUCUCAGAUCACACCAGCGCAUUCACACUGGAGAGAAACCGUACGACUGCUCGGAGUGCGGGAUUAGCUUCGGUGACAGGAGUACCCUCCAGAGACACCAGCAGAUCCACACCGGAGAGAAACCGUAUUACUGCGCAGAGUGUGGGUGGAGCUUCAGACAUUCAAGCACUUUAAAAACACACAAGUGCAUUAAACUCACUCGUGGUGAUGCUCAAAGCAAUGAUUCUCAUGUUUAUUAUUUUUGAGUUAACUUUAAUCUGUGUUUCAGAUAUUUUGUAAGAAAAAACUGUAAGGAAAAGAGAUCUCUCUCUUAGAUGAUUUCUAUGUCUGUAUGACUGUGGGAUUAUAUCCUUGGUCUUCAUGGGUCGAACCAGAUAAGUUGUUUUCCAUUUUUCCACUGUUUUAUUGACCUAUCAAAGCGUGUGUUCACAUGCAUGUAGAAUUGUGUGAUUAUUUAAGUAGCAGAACUGAGCUCCCAGACACACCACAAAGCAAGCUCAAAAAAUAAUAAAGACCAAAUAUGCAAAAAGGGAAGGACUUACCUAAAGUGUUUCAGCUGGAAAAGACACCCUUUUGCUAUUCUCCUUGUCUGAUUGCUUUGGCUGUGUUCAGACUGCAGGCAGAUUGGAUUUGAUUUUCAAAUUGGGUCUUUUGAGACGACUGUCCGCACUGUUAUUUACAAGUCGUCAGAUCGGAUUUGUGUGUCCAGACAUUACCAGCCUAAUGACGCAGGCGUCAUUGACUAUGUAGCUAUGCUGCUGACACGGAUUUCAAAUGCGGAUACAGGAGAGUUGGAGGAGCAUCAUCUCGCCCUCCAAACUCUUCAGAAUUCUCUUCAUAAUCAUGAAUCUUUGGAGCUCUUCUUGAAUCCCAGCAUUUCAUGACUCUGGAUUUGACAUUGUUGUUGUUUGUCACGUUACAAAUGACACAAAAGACACUUUGAAAUCCGAUACUGGGACUUCAAAUGUGGUUUGGAUCUGAUUUGCAAUCAUAUCGUG